UUUUGUUGGAGAUGCCACGGUCACACAGCGUCUAGCGGAUAUAUUUAAGUGCGGUCCGCCUGGAUACAACGAUUAUACUAAUAAAACUGUGCUGGAUCACAGUUAAACUGUUAAACUGAUCAAGAAACGGACCAACACGAUGGCCACUCUUCCCGCUGAACUCCGGCAGUUCUUUUCUUUCGUCGAUGGAAAAAAAGGCGAUUACAUAGACGCCCUGAAAACUGUUGUCGGCAUACAGUCAGUUUCGGCUUGGCCCGAUAAGCGCGGUGAGAUUGAUCGCAUGGUCGACUGGACCGCAGACAGGCUGAGGGUUCUGGGCACCGAGAUAGAACUGGCGGAUGUGGGCAAGCAGACUCUGCAAAACGGCGAGAUAAUCCCAUUGCCUAAGGUGCUGCUGGGAACUCUUGGCAAGGAUACCUCAAAAAAGACGGUGCUAGUCUAUGGUCACUUGGAUGUGCAGCCUGCUCUAAAGGAAGAUGGCUGGAAUACUGACCCUUUCGUACUCACAGAGAUCGAAGGAAAGUUGUUUGGACGCGGUGCAUCAGACGAUAAGGGGCCUGUACUAUGCUGGAUACAUGCAAUUGAGGCUUACCAAAAGCUUAACAUCCCACUGCCUGUCAAUGUAAAAUUCGUUUUCGAAGGAAUGGAAGAAAGCGGAAGCGAAGGUCUGGACGACCUGUUGAUGGAGCGCAAGAACGGUUUCCUAUCCGACGUCGAUUACGUAUGUAUUUCUGACAACUACUGGCUGGGAAAAAAGCGUCCCUGUUUAACAUAUGGACUCCGCGGACUUGCAUACUUCCAAGUGGAGGUGGAAUGCUCAAACAAAGACUUGCACAGUGGAGUUUUUGGAGGCACUGUUCAUGAGGCCAUGCCAGAUCUGUGUCACUUGCUCAGCAUUCUUGUUGACAAGGACACUAAAAUUCUGGUACCUGGAUUAGAUCGCGACGUGGCACCUCUACUAAUAAACGAGCAGUCAAUUUACGAGAACAUAGAUUUUGAAGUCAAUGAGUACAAAAAAGACAUUGGUGUUGACGAGUUGCCUCAUAAUAGUGAAAAAAUAAGGCUGCUUCAGGCCAGGUGGCGAUAUCCCAGCCUAUCUAUCCAUGGCAUUGAAGGCGCUUUUUAUGAGCCAGGUGCAAAGACCGUUAUACCAAAAAAAGUUAUUGGUAAGUUCUCUAUUCGCCUUGUACCGGACCAGGACCCAAAACACAUUGAGGAAUGCGUCGUUAAAUACCUAAAUGAUAAAUGGGCAGAACGUGGCUCCCCCAACAAAAUGAAGGUUGUUAUGCUUUCCGCUGGAAAGCCGUGGACUGAGGACCCAAAUCAUCCACAUUAUGAGGCAGCGAAGCGGGCUAUUAAGCAUGUUUUUAAUGUAGAGCCGGACAUGACCCGCGAGGGCGGCUCUAUUCCAGUAACUCUAACAUUGCAGGAAGCCACUGGUAAAAAUGUUAUUCUUGUGCCAGUGGGAGCUUGUGAUGAUGGUGCCCAUUCCCAAAAUGAAAAAAUUGAUAUUUACAAUUACAUUGAAGGCACAAAACUACUUGGAGCCUACCUGCAUGAAGUGGGAAAGUUGUAAACUAAUGGAAUGACGUAUAAAGCCGUUACUUGAUGAGACAUCACAAUCAUUAAUUUACAUAUAUCUUAUGUUUAUAAACAUUAUUAAU